ACAAUAAUAAUUUAGUGAUAAUACGAAGUGACUAAAUUGCGGUUCAGUGCUUAAUACGAUCGUUCAAUACGUCGAUUAUACGCCAUCCAGUUAUAAAUUUGGUACUUCGGUGCAAUAAACUAUAAAUACGAAUGGAAAGACAAUAAUGCGACUGGAUCACUGAUCGCGAGUGCUUACAGCAGGUGCACCGGAAGCCUGUGGCAUAUAUCCGAUAUUUGAAUCUCAAGUGUUUAUUCGCGAAGCAGGGUGAUCGAACGUUCGACUUUCAUGAAUUCGCCGACUAUAGGCAUCGUACGAUGGACGUAUUCAAUCGACCAAUCGACCAAUCGCUGAGCGCGGGACUGGGUAGCGCACCAGCGCCGGACACCCUCACGCCGGAAGUGUCCUUCGACGCCAGGAGCGAUUUCAGUCUUAGCUUCUUCGACGGCCCCGAAGAUAACAGUACCCACGGCUUCAGCGACCACGGGUCCGUCGGUAGCGCCAGCGCCUCGCCGCCUCCAGGAACACCGGGAAACUUGGCCGUAAUCCCGACGAGUACGUCCCUCCCCGUCGUCCAGGCCCCGCCGGGGGUCGUCAUUAAGAAAGAACAACUCUACGCAGCGGCGGACUCCAACAGCUCGACUCCAGCGAAAAGUUUUGUACCCUGUAAAGUUUGCGGUGACAAGGCCAGCGGUUACCACUACGGAGUGACGAGCUGCGAAGGUUGCAAGGGCUUCUUCAGACGAAGUAUACAGAAGCAGAUCGAAUACAGGUGUCUUCGAGACGGCAAAUGUCUAGUGAUAAGACUGAAUCGUAAUCGCUGCCAGUACUGCAGGUUCAAGAAGUGUCUCGCCGUAGGCAUGUCCAGGGAUUCAGUCAGAUACGGGCGCGUGCCGAAGCGUUCGCGCGACAGAGGCCAGGACGACGCUGUCCUGACUACAACGGGGGUCCAGCCGAUAACGGGGACCGGAAAUUCGCAGCCACCGCCGUCGACGACCGCCAGAGUGCCGCCGGCUGCCGUGGAACCGGAUCAGUCCGACGCCGAUUCUAAACAGCUGGCAGUUUACGACGUGAUCCUGACGGUUUCUCAGGCGCAUCACGCCCAUUGUGGGUUCACGGAGGAGCUGACCAGAGGACUCGUCCGGAAGCCGAUGGUCAUGCCGCCAGCGAGUCCGGAAGACCCGGAGGCAGCUUCGUCGACAGCGGAAACGGUCGAGUCGCAGAGAAUUUGGCUGUGGCAACAGUUCGCUGCCCGGGUAACGCCGUCCGUUCAGAGGGUCGUCGAGUUCGCCAAGAGGGUACCCGGGUUCUGCGAUCUCACCCAGGACGAUCAGCUGAUAUUGAUCAAGGUUGGGUUCUUUGAAAUCUGGCUUACCCACGUGGCCAAAAUGGUAUCCGACACAACGAUGACCUUCGACGACGGCACCUACAUCACGAGACACCAAAUGGAACUCAUGUACGAGCCGGACUUCGUCUCGGCGGUUCUGCAGUUCGCCGCUUCCCUAAACGCGCAUCAACUAAGCGACACGGAGCUGGGCCUGUUUUCGGGAGCUGUCCUCCUUGGGGAAAGGCCCGGGCUUAACGACGUUAAGGCCGUGCAGAGACUGCAGGACAAACUCCUCGAGGCCCUCCGCGUCCAGGCCGCGAGAAGUCACGCGACUAGCGAGGCGAGCGUAGCCACUAGUGUUGCCCAACGUUUGCCCGAGCUAAGAACCCUGGGGAGCCGCCACGCCAACCUGUUGGACUGGUUCCGGAGGAACUGGCCGAAGCUGAGGCUACCGCCGCUCUUCGCCGAAAUAUUUGACAUUCCGAAAUGCGAGGAAGACCUUCAGUGAAUCUUUC